AUGGCCAUAAACACAGAUGCCCAGUAUGAAAAGGCACUGGGGGGCUCAGGAAACCCUCUUCCUGCAGAGGCACAUGAGACUGAGAAACUCCUCACCUCUGUAAAUGAGGCUAAAGAAGAGAAUGGCAUGAAGAAGUCUUUCUCGGUCACCAUGUCCAGCGAAAAGUCCAUAGGAGACUUAGACCAGAAUGGGCACAGCCUGCCCUACAAGUCAGUGUCCGCAGGGCAGCUGGAGUCAGCCCCCCUCUCUCCAAGCAGGGGUAGCCUUGCCAGGGCUUCUUCUACAGCCACCACCACUGCCCAGGACCAAGGAAGGCCCACUGACUAUUUGGUCCUGGCCAUCUUCUCCUGCUUUCUGCCCAGUUUGGCCAGUCAACAUAGUGGCACUGAUCUUCUCCAUCAUGGUGAGUAG